AUGCGCGACGCCUGCCCGCACCGCUUCGCCUCGCUCUCUCGGGGCCGCAUCACGGCGAGCGGCCUCGUGCAGUGCGCCUACCACGGCUGGGCCUUCGACGGCGAGACGGGCGCCUGCCUCGACGUGCCGCAGGCGCCGCGGCCCCCGGGCGGCUCGGCCUGCUCCGCGGCGCCGGCCGCCGGGUGCGGCGCGCAGGCGGUGCCCGCGGUGGAGGCGGCGGGCCUGCUGUGGGUGCUGCCAGGCGGCAGUGGUGCCCUCGCUGCCGGCGCACCCGCGCAGCCGCAGCUGCCGCCCGAGAUGCGCGAGGGGUCCGGGUACAGGACCGCGGCCAAGGUCGUGCGGGACCUGCCGCUGGACUUCGCCAUCGUGCUCGAGAACCUCGUGGACUACGACCACGGCCCCUUCGCCCACCAGGCGGCGCCCUUCGACUGCUACUCGGGAUCCCCGCAGCACCCGCAGCGCGUCCGCGCCUUCGCGCCCGGCCCCUCCGCGGGGUCGUGGUGCGUGAGCAUGGAGACCGAGCCGGUGGCCAAGAUGACCGGGCGGGUUGGGACAGCUGCCCUCGCGUCGAUGCCGGAUCGCGACAAGGCGGGCCGGCGGCUCACGGCCACCAGCACCUUCACGGCCCCGUGCGGAGUGACGACCUGCCGGAGGAGCGAGGACGGCUCGGCGGCCUUCGUCGUCUUCUUCUGGGCGGUGCCGACCGGAGUGGGGCGCUCGCGCUUCAUCUCUGGGAGCUUGAGCGGGCCCGCCUCGCGGGCACCCGCCGUCCCGAGGCUCCUGGCGCAGACCUUCGUCAACCGGUUCCUCGACCAGGACACGCACCUCCUCGCCACGCAGCAGCCCUACGUCCUCGCCGCGGAGUUCGCCGCGAAGGCGGAGGGCAGGCCCUUCCGCCGCGCGCAGUUCUACCGCCACCGCAGCCCAGGGGAGGCCAUGCUCGUCGCCCUGGAGCGCUUCCUGGACGCGGCCGCGCCCGCCGUGCCGGGCCGCUACGCGCUCCUGCCGCCCGGGGCCUCCGGCGAGAGCGCCGCGGAGGCGGCGCGGCGCGCCUUCGGGUGCCCCCCGCGCCGCGUCACGCUGGACCGUUUCUCGCAGAAGCACCGCCCUGGUGCCGGGGUUGCUGCGGGCCUUCCGCCGCCUGGGCGCCGCUUCGCGCGCGCUGGGCCUCCUCAGCGGGCUGCUGGCGCUGCUGGCCGCGCGGCGGGGGGCGACGGGGGCCGCCGUCGGGCCCGCGGCGGCGGCCGCGGUGGCCGCGGCGGCCGGCUGGGGCUGCGCCGCGGCGCGGCGGGAGCUCAGCUUCGCGAAGGGCGAGGGGCAGCGCGACGCCGACCUGGCCAGGGUGCCCAAGGUGUACCCAGACGUGCCGGUCUGAGCGGGGGAGGCCGGCCCUUCUAUCGGGGGAGGGCGCCGUGGGGUCGGGUCGGGUCGGGUGACGCAGUUGAGCAGCUGGUGAGAGAUGCUUGCGAGCUUCCCGAGCGGGCGGGCGACGGUGCUGAACGCGCUGCUCCAGCCGAGGAUGCCCUUUCCCGUGUCCGCCCAUGUUUUCCGUGCUGGCACUUCGUUGCCGUUCAGUUUUCAUUAUUGCGUCGAGCGCAGGCGAGUGCCGACAUAGGGGUGCGCGAUCGUGCGCGCGCACGUUCCGAUUUCCAAGGCUUUGGCACGUUACAAGGCGUUCUGUUUCGAGCGACCCCAUCAUCAAGGAAGUGCUACCCCGACGAAGCAUGA